AAGGCUUGGCCUACGUGGCAGCCGCCGGAGCCGCCGCCGGGGAGCGAGGCCGGCCGCCGGGCACUUCCUGUGGAGGCCGCAGCGGGCGCGGGCGCGGGCGCCGACGGGCCGAGCGCCGGGGCAGCGAGCGAGCGAGCCAGCCAGCCGAGCCUCCCGCCGCCGCCAUGGGCCAGAACGACCUGAUGGGCACGGCCGAGGACGUCGCCGACCAGACAACAAAAGCAAAAAUGAAGUGACAGGAUUCGGCCAGAAAGUCAGGGGUGCUGUGAGCAGGACCUCAAAAGGGCCGUGAGUCCUUUGAGAAUUAUGACAGUAAGCGCACCCCGUGGCUGCGUGCACACUGCGCUGGGUCCUUCGCGUGUGCUGCUUCUGGAUCCUGUGAGCCUCGCCAUAGCGUUUCCAUCUUCAGACGCCGAGAGGGAGGGCUGUGUGGUCUCUCGCAGCACGUGGUGGGCCGAUGUGUUGAGUCCCUGCACAGCUUGGCCGUCCUGUGACCUUCCCUUCAGGUUGGCAGAGGUGUGGGCGCAGGUUCCUGCGCGUCACCAAGCAGUACCUGCCGCACGUGGCGCGCCUGUGCCUCAUCAGCACCUUCCUGGAGGACGGCGUCCGCAUGUGGCUGCAGUGGGGCGAGCAGCGCGACUACAUCGACUCCACCUGGAGCUGCGGCUACCUGCUGGCCUCCGCCUUCGUGCUCCUCAACCUGCUGGGGCAGCUGACCGGCUGCAUCCUGGUGCUGAGCAGGAACUUCGUGCAGUACGCCUGCUUCGGGCUCUUCGGCAUCAUCGCGCUGCAGACGAUCGCCUACAGCAUCUUAUGGGACUUGAAGUUUUUGAUGAGGAACCUGGCCCUGGGAGGAGGCCUGCUGCUGCUGCUGGCGGAGUCCCGCUCCGAAGGGAAGAGCAUGUUCGCCGGCGUCCCCACCGUGCGCGAGAGCUCCCCCAAGCAGUACAUGCAGCUCGGGGGCCGCGUCCUGCUGGUCCUGAUGUUCAUGACCCUGCUGCACUUUGACGCCAGCUUCUUCUCGAUCCUCCAGAACCUCGUGGGCACGGCGCUGAUGGUCCUGGUGGCCGUCGGCUUCAAGACCAAGCUGGCGGCCUUGACCCUGGUCGUCUGGCUCUUCGCCAUCAACGUGUACUUCAACGCCUUCUGGACCAUCCCCGUCUACAAGCCCAUGCACGACUUCCUGAAGUACGACUUCUUCCAGACCAUGUCGGUGAUCGGAGGCUUGCUCCUGGUGGUGGCCUUGGGCCCUGGGGGCGUGUCCAUGGACGAGAAGAAGAAAGAGUGGUGACGGGACCCCCACCCCCCCCCCCCGCCCGGCUAGGCCCCGUGCCGUCGCGGACCGGUUCAGGCUGGGUCGACGUAGCAGCCAGCGUCUCUCGUUCCUCUCCCCUCCCCCCCCUUGGUAAAGGCACAGAUGUUUUGAGAACUUUAUUUGCAGACACCUGAUAAUUGAUGGCUAAAUCUGCUCUGGACUCACAGCCUGUUACCUGACACGCGGAGCCGGCAGGCCCGCCGUCAGCGCCUCCCUCCCCCAGGCAGGGCCGCGGCUCCUUGGAGUGAGCAGCUGGCUUGGCUCUGGCCUCCCAGCCCUACUUUUCGGUUUCUUUUUCGGGGUGGGGGACCUUCACACUGUACUGUGAGCAGAUACAUUUGUGUAUCAUUCAAA